ACCCUUCUCGGAGUCCUCACGUCCAGAAAGGGUCGGGCAAGCAGAGCGCUGAGUCAAUUGCCUUGCGCCAAUUCAUCAUGGACUCACUCACUCCGUUCAUCCCUCCGGCUCUACUGCCUCUAGUGGGACAUCUCCGGGCUCAGGGCCCAUUGCUCGGGGUCGCGUUGCUCUCGGUCGGUGCCGCAUACCUGGGUUAUCUCUUCCUCCUGGGCAGAAAAGAAGCGGCUGUCUCGUUCAAUGUGCCCAUUCCCCCUGAGAUUCGAGCCAAUUGGAAAGGAGAAAAAUGGGACAGUCUUCAAGGAGAGGGGCGAAAGGUAGUGGAGGGACAAGUGCGCGGACAAUGGAACGACAACCUGAUCAUGAGCUAUUGUCCCGCGGACGGAAGAGUACUCGGCAACGGAAUCAAACCUGCGACUCCUGAAGACGUCGACCGCGCAAUCCUGGCUGCGAAGAGUGCACAGAUGGAAUGGGCCAAUACUAGCUUUGCGGAGAGAAGGAAGGUUCUGAGGACAUUGUUGAAAUACGUCCUCGACCACCAAGACGAACUUGUGACCGCCUGCUGCUUGGAUUCCGGAAAGACCAAGGUUGAUGCUGCGUUCGGAGAGAUCCUCGUCACCGCUGAGAAACUGAAAUGGACCCUCGACCACGGUGAAAAGGCGCUGGCACCCGAAUCGCGCCCGACCAACUUUCUCAUGAUGUACAAGAAGAACAUGGUCACCUACGAGCCUCUCGGUGUUGUCUCCGCCUGCGUCUCCUGGAACUAUCCCUUUCAUAACUUCAUCUCCCCGGUCAUCAGUGCGAUCUUUGCAGGAAACGGAGUCGUGGUGAAACCCUCUGAACAGACAGCCUGGUCCUCUGCCUUCUUCCUUGAGGUUAUUCGCGGCGCCCUCUCCAGCUGCGGCCACUCUCGAGACCUCGUCCAGAGCAUCGUGUGCCUCCCCAAUGUCGCCGACCACCUGACCUCCCACCCGGAUAUCUCACAAUUGACGUUCAUCGGAUCCAAGCCCGUCGCUCAUAAGGUGUGCGAAUCUGCAGCCAAGGCCCUGACCCCCGUCACCGUCGAACUCGGCGGCAAAGAUCCGGCCCUGAUUCUCGACGACUCCCGAACCGUUAGUGAGAUCCCAGCCAUUGCUUCCAUUCUCAUGCGUGGAGUCUUCCAAUCCGCCGGACAGAACUGCAUUGGCGUCGAACGGAUCAUCGCGCUCCCCAACGUAUACGACAAACUCCUCGAAAACGUCUCCUCCCGCAUCAAGACCCUUCGCCUCGGCUCCAUCCUCUUGGACGCGAAGACAGUCGGUACCCCUGAUGUAGGCGCCAUGAUCUCCCCCGCCUCAUUCGACCGUCUCGAAUCCCUCAUUGAAGACGCCGUCAAGCAAGGCGCACGUCUGAUCUGUGGCGGUAAGCGCUUCCACCACCCGGAUCACCCCCUCGGCCACUACUUCACCCCGACCCUUCUCGCCGAUGUCACACCCACCAUGCGGAUCGCACAGAACGAACUCUUCGCUCCGGUCUUCCUCAUGAUGCGCGCAUCCUCCGUUCCCCACGCCAUCGCCAUCGCCAACUCAACGGACUACGGCCUCGGCGCCAGCGUCUUUGGCUACAACCAGACCGACAUCGCCAACUGCAUUGCAAACAUCAAGUCCGGAAUGGUCUCGGUCAACGACUUUGGCAGCUACUACGCGGUUCAAUUGCCCUUUGGUGGUGUCAAGGGUUCAGGAUACGGUCGGUUCGCUGGCGAAGAGGGCCUGCGUGGUGUUAGCAACAUCAAGGCUGUCUGUGUGGACCGGUUCCCGAAGGUGAUGGCGACACGGAUUCCGCCGAGAGUGGACUAUCCGAUUCGCAAGGGAGAUGGUCCCCGCCAGGAUGGAACGGGUGCUUGGGAGAUGUGCAAGGGUGUAGUUGAGACGGGAUACCAGAUUACUUUGGGGGGGAGGGUGAGUGGGAUUCUGCGGUUGUUGACGAAUAUGUGAGCUAGUGCUAGUUUAUAAUAUUCUCUAUGUAAAAUACUUGACAACAAUAAUGAGGCAUGC